AGUGAGCGCAUGCAGCGCGCUUGUGGAGUUUCCUGUGAGCGCGCGCAGAAGAUCCGAGCCUACAGUACAUAGGAAAUGAGUCAUAGGAGUUGAACUGUGGCGUGGGUGUGUGCGCUAUUAAAACAAGGCGCAGACUCCUCCAAGUGACUCACUCUGAUGCUCGCUUUUCCAUGGUGAAAACCAAGCAGCGCGGGCUGGUGCGCACAUGAACUUUUGGGAAUUCUGUGGGACACGCCGAGCAGCUUUAACACUCAGACAUGGCUUCUAAUACUUUUUGUGCGUUGUGCGGGAUUAUCAUAGCAGCUGUGACUCAUUUCCAUGGAGUGGAUGCUCAGAAAAGUCAGUGCAACAGUGCAGAGUUUUGGAACUCAGAUUUGGACGUGUGUGUCCCUUGUGCAUCGUGCAAACAGUACCCCAAGACGCCAUCCUGCAACACAUGUAAGUCCAUAGAUGACACUCCAGAUGUAUGGAAGCUGGCAGCCAUCACCAGUUUCUCAGUGUUAGCGGUGGUCCUGGUUGGAGCCGCGCUCAUUAUUGGGGUCAUGGUACACCGACGCAAGUCCCACAAGAGGCCUUUACGUGAACCCAUUGAAGAAACUGCAGGACCACUUUACCAAGCUUAACGUUUAAGUAACCUCAUGAUGGUUGAUGUGACCACCCUCACACAGAGGUCCGCCUCUCUUAUACUGUGACUGCAGGGUAUAUUCUCCAUGGACCUUUGGACAUUACACUGUGUCUCCUCCUCAGUGCAGGUCCAGUAGUGGAAACCCAAACACCUCCAUAGCAACAGUGGACAAGUGACUUUUUCUAUUUCAAUCCAAAUGUUUUCUUCUGUUGGCCAACUUGUCAAACAACUUGUCUCACCUUCUUGGAAAGACAUAGUGAUUCCAUAUUUGUUUGGUAUAAGCUGUGCCUCUUGUACGUUUCCCAUAUUAUUCCAAGCUUGGGACAGGAUUGACGGGUACACUGACAUGUCACAGCAAUUAUAAUUGUUUUUUAAUUGUUUGAUUGGCUAAAAGUAAUCAGCUAUUAGUUUCUAUCGGGAAAACGAAAAUGGAAUUGGUGCUCAGGCUAUUAUGUCAUAUAAGAAUAUAAUUUGUUCCAGUUAGCUGAAUGUAAGAUCCUAUAGACUUCAUUAUUGGCACAUCAAGGCCAUUUGAAUGUAGCUACUUUUAGAUGAAUCACAUCUAACCUUGCCAGUACUUUAGUUAUUAUAGUAAUCAGAUGAAGGGAAGAAACUGUUUUUAUGCACUGUUCAUGGGUCCAAAACUUUUUAAACUUCUUUAACUGUUUGACAUUACCACCCAAUGUUUUACAUUAAGCCGUAAGGAAACACUAACAUGGAACAAGGAAUGUACAAGUAAUGGAAACAGCACCUCCACUUAUUGAAGGUGGAGCCAUACAAUUUAAACGCUGACAAAACAUUUUAUAUUUACGGCUGGAGUGAAAAAAAACAGUGAAAGUCUGGUUUGAAUUUCCUGGAUCUAAACAAGUGCAUUGCUGUUUCCUGAUUUUUAUUCCAUUCACAAAAUCGUCAGAGUAUUUGUAGCGACAUACAAACUCAUCUUUUGUUUUUAGUUUUCUAGAUGUUUAUAUUAUUUAUUUGUACAAAUCUUACAGUGUUAUCAAUCUGUAAGGUACAAGCACAUGACUUUUAAGGGACUCCAGUGAAGAUUCUUCGAAGGCCAGCGUUCAAUGUUACUGAGCUAAAACUUCCUGCCUUUAUACGCUUUGUAUAGAUUCUUGUAAAUAUUGUACAUGCACUGGCUUCUUUUUUUAGGCAACCUUAUAAACAGUUUUAUGUACCAAAUGUAUUUUCACAGUAAAACUGAUCAAUUGUUUUGUA